UUUUGUUGAUAUUUGUCAAAUGAAUCAGAUUGACGUGAAUCGAUUCUUACUGAAAUUUAAGUCUUUAUCGUAAUUUGAACAUUUUUCGUAAAACCGUGUCGCCAUCUAGCGCGAUUCGUCUCAAGCGCCAAUUAUCCCGUCCGGCUUUAUCGCCAGUGUGGUGAAAAUUCUCGAACAUCUCGAGCAGGGCGACAGAACCGACGGAGCCGGCAUUUUUUCACUCGAUUCCAAUUAGAACAGUACCAGAAACGAAAAAAAGAUGUAUCGAUUGCCAGUAGCAGUGCGUUCGGUGGCGCUCCGCAAGGCCGCACAGGCACAACAGGUGCAGAGAUGGUACGCGAAAGAUGUCAGGUUCGGGCCGGAGGUCCGGGCUCUCAUGCUCCAGGGGGUGGACGUCUUGGCCGACGCCGUCGCCGUCACCAUGGGUCCAAAGGGCCGUAAUGUGAUCAUUGAACAGUCGUGGGGUUCCCCGAAAAUCACCAAAGACGGCGUGACCGUCGCCAAAGGCGUCGAGCUGAAAGACAAGUUCCAAAACAUCGGCGCCAAACUGGUGCAGGAUGUGGCCAACAACACGAACGAGGAAGCCGGUGACGGAACCACCACCGCCACCGUGCUGGCCCGUUCCAUCGCCAAAGAAGGUUUCGAGAACCUUGGAAAAGGCGCCAACCCUGUCGAAAUCAGAAAAGGCAUCAUGAUCGCCGUAGAAAAGAUCACCGAAAGCCUCAAGGCUUUGUCCAAACCCGUGACCACUCCUGAAGAAAUCUGCCAAGUGGCCACCAUCUCCGCCAACGGAGACAAGUCCAUCGGUAACUUGAUCGCCGACGCCAUGAAACGCGUUGGCAAGGAAGGCGUCAUCACCGUUAAGGACGGCAAAACCCUUAACGACGAGCUGGAGAUCAUUGAAGGCAUGAAGUUUGACCGCGGGUACAUCUCCCCGUACUUCGUGAACACCGCCAAGGGUGCCAAGGUUGAAUACCAGGACGCCCUCGUGUUGCUGAGCGAAAAGAAGAUCUCCUCGGUGCAGAGCAUCGUCCCCGCCUUAGAAAUCGCCAACGCCCAAAGAAAGCCACUGAUCAUCGUCGCUGAGGACGUCGACGGCGAAGCCUUGACCACCUUGGUCGUCAACAGGCUGAGAAUCGGCCUCCAAGUCGCCGCCGUAAAGGCCCCAGGCUUCGGAGACAACCGCAAGUCCACCCUCCAAGACAUGGCCAUCGCCACCGGCGGCAUCGUCUUCGGAGACGACGCCAACAUUGUCAAGCUCGAGGACGUGAAACAGUCCGACCUGGGACAAAUCGGCGAAAUCGUCAUCACCAAGGACGACACCUUGAUGCUUAAAGGCAAGGGCAAAAAGGAAGACAUCGACAGACGUGCGGAACAAAUCAGGGACCAAAUCGAGAACACCACCUCGGAAUACGAAAAGGAGAAGCUCCAGGAACGUUUGGCCCGCCUGGCUUCCGGCGUCGCUGUCUUGAAGGUCGGCGGCAGCAGCGAAGUCGAGGUUAACGAGAAGAAGGACAGAGUGACCGACGCCUUGAACGCCACCCGUGCCGCCGUCGAGGAAGGUAUCGUGCCCGGUGGUGGUACCGCCUUGCUCAGAUGCGCCUCCAGCUUGGACUCCAUCAAGCCCGCCAACAACGACCAGUCCAUCGGUAUUGAGAUCGUGAAGAGGGCGCUGAAGGUACCAUGCAUGACGAUCGCCAAAAACGCCGGCGUGGACGGCGCCACCGUCGUUGCCAAGGUGGAACAGAACUCCGGAGACUUCGGUUAUGACGCCCUCAACAACGAAUUCGUCAACAUGUACGAACGCGGUAUCAUUGACCCCACUAAGGUUGUGAGAACUGCGAUAGUGGACGCGUCAGGAGUAGCCUCUUUGUUGACCACCGCCGAAGCCGUGAUCACAGACAUUCCAAAGGAAGAACCAGCCGUGCCCGGUGGCGGCAUGGGCGGUAUGGGUGGAAUGGGCGGCAUGGGCGGCAUGAUGUAAAUUAAUUAAAAAAAAAACACACCCCGUCAAUGUUCAAAAUCUAGUGCAGUGUCUGGAAGGGAAAGACUACAAUUGCCAAAAGCUUCCAUUAUUAAUUUUUGGCAAUUUCGUAUGAGUGAUAAUGUUCGUGUUAAGUGUUGUUAUUUUUUUAACGCGAAUGGUGUGAAUAUAUAACGUGGAUUUUUAUACAAAGCGAAUCACAAAGUUGAGACUGUUCAUAGGCAUUGUCAUUCAUUAUCAUUUGUAAAUCAACUUUGUCAAUGAUCUGAUCAAUGUCAGUGCAUUUAUUUAGAUUUUUGUUCUAAAAUGUCGAUGUACGUUGUUAAUAAAAUAUUGUUAAUUUUUUAA